UGCCACAGUGCUCCAUUUGUUUUCAUCUUCGUCAGAGGAAGCACAGACAAUGUUUCCAAUCAACUGGACGAGUGCACCCUCAAAGAACCCUGAGUAUUUACCGGUGCAGAUCGAUGCUGCACAUUCUGCGCCAUGGCAUAAACCAAUGCUCAGUAACAAGAAGCCCGACCUCAAGCCCAUUCAAACCCUGGCAGAGUGUGUUAGGUUUCUCACAGACAUGGCUAAGGAGACAGAAGAUAUUAGCAAGGCCAGGAAGAGAAGUACAGAGGUAAAAGACAAGAAUGCUCUGGGUAAAUCCACCAAGCCUGAUGGUGUGGAUCAUAGCAAGAGCCUAAUUCUAUCUUGGGCUAAGGAACUGAACAGCCUCAGCCUCUCGAAAGGAGUGACAAAAAGAGGAACAGUUCGAGAAGAGGUCGCACACAAAGUGAAGAAUAACGAAGAGCCUGACAGCUCAAAGGACAGUGAGAUGAUCAUGAAGUGGGCAAGAGAACUGCAGGGUGUCUCAAAGAGUCUGGGUGUAACAGAUGACGAUUUAAAGCAGAUCCUUAAUAAUCACAGCAUGGAGCAGCUGAAGCUAGUUGGACUUCUUCCCUUCUUGGAGUUUGUGGUGUGGUCUCUUCUGUCCCAACAGUCUGAGGAGGACAUUUCAAAAAUUUGGUUGUCGGCCAAGCAGAGACAAUGGAGAACAGUCAGCAAGAAAUACAUCCCAAAUUCAGUUUGGCAGUGGAUCCAGAGUGCAUCAGCUGAUGUGCAUCUAGAUUCCAGUUCCUGCCCUCCUUGGUUGUGUGUGUCUGAAGACAAACGGGAAAUGUGUGAGCGGCACAGGCCACAAUACCAGCAGGACAAGCAUCAACAGUUUGAUGAACUGUCCUGCAUUCUAGGACUCAGUGGCUUUUCUAAUGGAAGACAUUACUGGGAAGUCCUGGUACCAAUAAAUGGAUGCUGGAGGUUAGGAGUGACAUCUGCAUCCGCUCCCAGAAAAGGCAAGUUCCAGAUAACUCCAGCAAAAGGCUAUUGGACUAUUUAUAAUGGGCCCAAGAAUCUGUGGGCCUGCACAGACCCUUAUACCAAGCUGCAGGUAUCUCAACAGCCUCAGGUGGUUGGAGUCUAUGUGGACUAUAAGGAGGGACAGGUGUCCUUCUACAAUGCUCAGAGCAGGCUCCACAUUUACACAUUUACACAGAUCUUUAGGGAAGCGCUCUUCCCUGUGUUCAUGUGUCGAGAUGGGAAUGCUAUGCUGAAAAUUCAUACACCACAAAUGUCUGUAUUUGCUGAAAACUGAGAGCAAAAUUAACAAUUACAAGAGAAUGAACAUCAUAAGACAUCUGUUCAACUGCUAAUGACAGUUUUUUCUGUUUAUUAAUCAUGUUCUAUCUUCUCUCAUGAUGAUUAUACAGGAAAACCUUACAAAAUGAUCUAAGGAUCUAUAAAAGUUCUAUGGCAUUGUAUAAUAUUGCUGUAUGACAUUUCUAUAACAGUAGUAUCAUGUCCACAUACUAUUUAUGUAGUGCUAUCUAUAAUAUUUGUGCAGCAUCCUGUUGUAAACUGUGGAAAUUGUCUGACUUUACUAUAACACUUACUGGAAUUCUACAAACAUUCCUGAAGAAUUUGUGUGUUUUUUUUACCAGUAUUGCACAUGCUGUUAAAUACAUCGUUCACUUUGAUUUACAGAAUCCUUCACUAUAUUUCUUGCACUAAUAUUUUUUACAUGUGUUGGUUAUCAUGUAAAUCAUGUUAUCAUGUAAACAAGCUUUUGUAUUCAGUAUAAUAAUUUCUGUGCAAUAAAUGGAAGUGCACAUAA